UCAUCUACCACGUGACGUGUUUGGUGAGCGAUCUGAGUAUUAAAACGUUAAAAUUAGCCAUGGCAUCGGCGGACGCCUUUAAAGUGAGCUCACUAAAGGAUAAAGUCACGCUGAUCACUGGAGCCAGCUCUGGGAUCGGAGCUGGCACUGCGGUGCUCUUCGCCAAACUCGGUGCCAAGCUGGCGCUGAAUGGUCGCAACGUGGAGAACCUCGCCAAAAUCGCCAAAGAAUGCGAAGACUGUGGUACCUCUAAGCCACUCUUGGUGCCAGGAGACAUGACAGAUGAGAAAACGGUGAAGAAGACUGUUGAAUUGACCAUUGCUCACUUUGGACGUCUGGACGUCCUCAUCAACAGCGCAGGAAUCCUCGCCCUGGGCACUAUAGAGACCACAGACAUGGCACAGUAUGAUCAUGUGAUGAAUGUCAAUGUCAGAUCAGUGUAUCACCUGACUCACCUCUGUGUGCCAUACCUCAUAAAAACAAAGGGCUCCAUCGUAAAUGUGUCCAGCGUCAAUGGCCAACGAUCAUUUCCUGGAGUGCUCGCUUACUGUAUGUCGAAGUCUGCCAUUGACCAGUUUACACGCUGUAUAGCACUUGAGCUUGCACCCAAGCAAGUGCGUGCCAACUCUGUUUGUCCAGGAGUAAUCGUGACCGAGGUCCACAAACGUGCAGGCCUGGAUGAGGAACAGUAUAAACAGUUCCUUGAAAAGUGCUCAGUCACCCAUGCCCUUGGCAGACCAGGAGACGUGGAGGAAGUGGCUCAUGCUAUUGCCUUCCUUGCUUCAGACGCUGCAACCUUCAUUACAGGAGUAAAUCUCCCAGUGGAUGGAGGCCGACAUGCUAUGUGUCCACGGUAGUGUCAGGUCGCCACAACAUGUCCGGUCAUUUGUGAGAGAUGGGAAGGAAAUAAAUAAACAGACUGCUCUUUCCAAGUAACUGACACUGACUUAAUGUUUUACACCACUGGUCUAAAUAAAAUUUAAGUUUGGUAGAUGCAUAUAA